UUGAUCAUAGUAGGUGUACUAGCUGCACUCUACAUAUACCUUACAUGGAACUUUGGCUAUUGGUCAGCACAAGGUAUUAAAGGACCUACUCCAUUUCCAAUAAUUGGCACAUUUUGGCCAUCACUAUCGAAGGGCAUGAUAAAUGGAGAUACAAUGUUAUAUGAACGUUAUAAGAAAGACAAAGUAUAUGGCUUAUUUGAUGGGAGCACUCCUAAUUUAGCUAUUGCUGAUGGAGAUCUACUUAAAACUGUUUUGGUCAAAGAAUUCUCAAGUUUCCAAGAUAGAAGAAAAUUGCCGUCAGUACUUGGACCAACUGUAAGCAAUAUGUUGACAGAGUUGACUGGUGAGGAAUGGAAGAAGACAAGAAGCAUAAUGAGCCAGACUUUCACCAGUGGCAAGAUUAAAAGGAUGAUAGAUAGUUUAAACCUCUAUACCAAAACCCUGUUGGAAAAAAUGGGAGAAAGAGCAGAUGCUGAUGAGAUGUUUGAAUUCAAAGAUCUUGUGGGAAAAUGUGCAUUGGAUAUGGUGGCAGCGGUUGGAUUUGGAAUAGAUGCACAGGUUCAGAAUAAUCCAGAGUCUGAGUUUGUUCCACAUACUGCUGAAUUCUUUAAGUUUGGAGUAGUUCGAGGAACUGCACUUCUUAUUGCUAUCGUGGUACCUGUUCUUGCCCCAUUAAUUGUAAAAUCUGGGAUUGGAGCAAUACCAGAUAAAACUGCUGCAUUCUUUAAGAACAUUAUGGCUCAGGCAAUGGCAAAUAGAAAGGCUGAUUCAAACAAACAUAAUGACUUUCUGAGUCUCAUACUGAAAGCACAAGAUGCCGAGGACGAAAGUAAAAGACUCCCAGAUGAUGUGAUUUUGGCAAAUGCAAUUGUGUUUAUCCUUGCUGGAUAUGACACAGUUUCUAAUACAGUUAGUUGGGCUGCUUAUGAAAUGGCUCUUCACCAGGACAUCCAAGAAAAGGUUUAUGAAGAGAUUAUGGAAGUCACAGGCGCUGAGGAUGAUAUAACAUAUGAGAUGUUACCAAAGAUGACCUAUUUGGAGAGUGUGAUAGAGGAAAGUCAAAGAUUGUUCCCUGGUGCACCCAGAAUAGAGCGCCAAUGUACUGAGACUAUUACAAUUGAAGGGAUAACUAUUCCAAAGGAUGCCAUAAUAACAAUCCCUGUGUAUGGAAUACACCAUGAUGCUGAUAUAUAUCCUGACCCUGAAAAAUUCAUCCCUGAAAGAUUUUCUGCUGAAGAAAAGGCAAAGCGCAACCCAUACUAUUUUCAACCAUUUGGACUUGGCCCAAGGUCAUGCAUUGCAAUGCGAUUGGCUCAGACUGAGGUGAAAUUGUGUCUCGCCAAAAUGAUACAGAAAUUGAGGGUUCUACCUUGUGAGAAGACAGAGGAUCCAAUUCCGCUUGUUCAGACUGGUCAGAUGCAUGCAAAGAAUGGUCUAUACCUAAAGGUUCAGAGACGUUAAAAUAAUGAAUCAACUAGCAAUUUAAAGUAAAUAUGCUGCUAGACAUUCUCAACUUAUUCUUCAAUCUUGUAAAUAAAAGAUUCUUUUGAACCAUCAUAUAACAUUACACAAAGACAUUUCAAUGUAUUGAAAUAGAGAGAUUGCAAUGAUCAUUAAUUCCGAUAAUUUACACAAAUAGCUUGGCAUUACACGACCAAUCAGAUCUCAAUAUUACCAAAAAAAGUUAAUAAGGGAAAACGUAUUUCCCAAAUUUCCCAAGUGAGCCCUGUAUGAGUCCCAAAAAGUUGUAAAAUAAAUAUAGCACUUGCAGUUA